AUGGAAUAUGACGAUAUCAGACCGCCAGCCUGGGGAACGUCCACCGUGGCCGACGAGAUCCGGCAGCCGCGCAGCAAGCGCUGGACGGAGCCUUGCAGAUCAGAGAGGCUACUCUGGGACCUGAGUGUGGCUCUCUGUAUCGGCAAGAGAAGACCCACCUUGGCAGAAAAUGCUCUGCUCCACACAGCGCCUGCGGCCCGCGGCCGUUUCAGCUCUUGCUUCCGCUGGUCCGACGCCAUGCCGGCGAAGCCAAAGACCGGCGGCUAUGCCUCCGGGCAAGUCGAGGACGACGAUGAGAGCGACGACAGCGACGAAGGCCAAAGCCGCGUGGACGCUGGCACAGGCCCCGAUGCAGAGACGCAGCCGCAAAUCAGCAGAGCAUCUACGGCAGAAGCAAAAAGAUACCUGCGAUCGAAGCAGGAAGAGAAGGCGCACUUCUUGGAAGUUUGCCUCUUGGGCUUGACUUUCAGGAGUGCUAUACGUAGAGCCGAACAGGUUGAGCGAGGUUAUUCGUUCAUGGAGUAUGGCACCGAUGCCUACUACGACCUGGGCCGAAUGCAGGAGACCGUUCAAAGCUUAGACAAGGCUGACAUGGCCAUGUGGAAGAUCGAUCCGUUGGCGUGGUACAAUGAGAUCCAGAAGCGUGUGCAGAUCAACCUGAACUUCUUGCAGAUGCUUCCUAAUCCAGACGUUUGCGGGGCAGAUCUCGGACGGCAGGCAUGGCAGCUCGUGACCCAGGUGCCCGAGGGUCAUCGCGUGGCCAGCAGGAACUCAUCGAAGGUGCGAUCGACUCUACGCCAGUUUGUGCGUGAUUGGUCCAGAGAGGGCCAGGCCGAGAGGCAAGCCUCUUAUGGGCCACUGGUUUCAGCUCUUCUGAGACACCUUCCUCCCAAGGGUCAGGCCAAAGCGCCGGCUGUGCUUUGUCCGGGCUGCGGGCUGGCACGACUUCCCUUCGACUUGGUCCGCCUGGGGUAUGCAGCCCAGGGUAACGAAUUCUCCUAUCACAUGCUCUUGGGCAGCCACCUUAUCUUGAACCGCAGCGAUCGGGCCGAAUGCUUCAACAUCUUUCCUUUCGUGAAGGUGCCGGACAUCUGCCCAUGCGAAGCGCUAGCGCCAACGGCGCAACUGUCAAUGGCAGCAGGAGAGUUUGUGGAGGUGUACAAGACACAAGCUGCUGAAUGGGAUGGCAUGGCAACAUGCUUUUUCCUCGACACGGCCAAAAACGUGUUCAUGUACAUCCGCCUCAUUGCCCACAUCAUGAGACCAGGUGGGAGAGGGCUGUGA